AGGUAGGACAAUGAUUCGUUGAGCAGGAACUCAGUCUCUCCCCCGUUGGCUGGGUUGUACACGUCAGCAGUCAAUAAGUUGUAGUCUUAGAUGUAUCAUAGUCCUAUCAUCCUCUUCCUGGUAUGAGCCUGUUGACACAGUACACCUAGUUUGGGUGGUAAAAACAAGCGGCUGGAGCGAGUAUUUGGCAAACUCCACGGCUUUCAUGUGGACAGACAGUCCAACGAGAGGAGAAGCAGCUAUCAAGAAACGUUUGACACUUGGUUUAGGACACGCGUCACGCGACGUUGGACUGUUAAGAACAAAAGUUGGAGUUGCACUGCACGGGGAAGCAGUGUUGCAAACGAGUUUACAAUGAAGGCUCGUGCGAUAAGGUGAAUGAAAGCCGUCGCUGUUGUUUGCCAAGGUCUGUUUUUAAUUUGAGAAAAUGAGGUUUCGGCUGCUCAAAAGGAAUCUGCUCGUGCUGCUGGGUGUUUCCUUCGUGCUCGUGACGCUCCUGUCUUUAACACGUGUGUUGUUAGUGUCCGAUGAUGACACAGCUGGACUUAAAAAUGACGUUCAGGUAAAUCAGGGCAUGCAAGUUUUUGACACGGUGAAGUUUAACUUUAAUUCGCUUCCAGAAUUGACUCAGUCCGUUUACAGUGCCAAUUACAAGCAGUGUGUUCACAAUGCGGACAAGUUUCCAGGGGAGCCUCAGCUGGUGCUGGUUGUGCAGGUCCACAACAGGCCUGAAUACCUCAGACUGCUCAUCAAGUCACUGGAGAAAGCUGCUGAGGUCCACAGCUUCCUCCUCAUUUUUAGCCAUGACUACUUUUCAGAGGAAAUCAACGCCAUUGUGCAAGGGAUAACUUUCUGCAAAGUACUGCAAAUUUAUUUCCCUUUCAGCACCCAGCUGUAUCCCAAUGAGUUUCCUGGGAAUGAUCCACGAGACUGCCCCCGAGACAUAUCCAAGGACAACGCUCUGAAAACAGGAUGCAUCAACGCAGAACACCCUGACUCCUAUGGACACUACAGAGAGGCCUUCAUCACUCAAACCAAACACCACUGGUGGUGGAAGCUGCACUUUGUGUGGGAGCGAGUGCAGGUGAUGCAGGGCUACAGCGGCUUUGUGGUCUUUCUGGAGGAGGACAAUUACAUCUUACCUGACUUUUUCCAUUUCUAUAAAUUAAUGAUAGAGUUCAGGAAAAGCAGCUGCCCAGAUUGCGACAUGCUGGCUUUGGGUAACCACAAUGACCUGACUGAUUUUACCAGGCUGUCCAAUAAGGUGUUGACCACUGGAUGGUUGUCCACCAAACACAACAUAGGCAUGGCUAUCUCCAGGGAGAUGUACUACAAACUAAUGGGCUGUAACAAUGAGUUUUGCACCUACGAUGACUACAACUGGGACUGGACUCUGCAGCACCUCUCAGGAACCUGCAUAUCGAAGCCUGUCAAAGUGCUUGUGGCACAGGGCUCCAGGGUCCUCCACACAGGAGACUGUGGCCUUCACCAGAAGGAGAACUGCAGGCCAGAGUGGGCCUCACAGAAGGUUGAGGAGAGCCUUAAAACAGGCAAGGACAGCCACUUCCCUCCUUCUCUUGUCCUUAGUGGUGCAGAAGCAGUGGAGCACAAGGCGCACAUGAAGAACGGAGGAUGGGGAGAUGUUCGAGACCAUUUUCUAUGCAAUAACUACGCCACACGCCUUUGAACUAUAUCUUUUCUCCAAGUAAUAUGGGGAAAAAAUGUUAAUUGGUAUUCUGCAGAUGUGCCAUUCAUACGUAACUUUUCAGGGUUUUGGAGUCUGCAGUUUUCACUUGGAGUGUACUAAUUUUCUCUCCUAGCAAGGUCUUCCAUGAAAAAGGACCAAUUCAAGUCCAAGAAUGCUGCAUGCACACAGCUAAACUUGUCUUUUGUUUUUAAUCACCAAAGCUGCACAAUUGCCAAAGACUUUCUUGAUACUUGUGUUGUGUAUAAUGCAAGCUGUUCAAUAUCCUGCAACCAGGUUUGUUUAUCUCUGAAUGUCUUUCAAGCCAAAACAUUAGAUUAGAUUUAUUGCACAGUGAUGGGAAGUAUGUCAUAGUGUGCAUAGACACACACUUAUUUGCAAUUUUAUUUGCAAAUAUAUUUCUUUGACUGAGAACAUUGCACAGGAUGUUGUUUUAGUCACAAAGUUCAAUGUGCUGGUGUGUUGUGAAUGUCUUGCAUUGCUUUUGUGAACCAUUCAGCUGUGAUGCUUUUUACAUGUGCUUUUUAUGGUACAAUUUUAAGUGCAACAAAAAAAAGGCUCAUGUAAUGUACAGACUUACAAGUUCAAUCAAAAUGUGCAUGACAAUCUUAAAUAUAACAGGAAAGUAGUUUAUUUAGAAAAUGUUUCUUUGAAGUUGACUGUUUUGAAUGGAUAGUUUUAAUUUUUGGAAGUGGGGUUGUAUGACGUACUUAUCCAUCGUCAAUUUCUUAGCUAUAGUAGAAGGUGGUCAGCAUGUGGAAUGGAAUGGGAUGGAAGUUUAUCAAUGCACUGAUGUUGAUGGGGGGCCAGCAAUAAAAUGUAUUUUAGCCACCUAAAAGAAGUCCCACUUAACAAAAAUCAGUGUCAGUUUAAGUGUAUGCUCUGUUAAGAGUAUUUUACGGGAGAAGGGGGAAGUGAUGCUUCCAUAUCACUCUUUCCAAAGUUUAUGCAUCACCUGAUACUGAUUUUUUGUCUAGGUGGCUGAAAUACAUUUUGCUGCUGCUUCAUCCACAGCAGUACAUUGCUUAGAUCAUGGCGGUACUCCUGUCUGCUUCGUCAAACCGGGGGCAUGCUGACUGACAUCUACUGUGUAUAUUGAUGAGUACCUCUUGCAACCCCACUUCAAAAAAAUCCAAACUAUCCUUUUUAAUGUCAGAAUAAUUUCAAGCACAACAUGGAAUUUGUGUUACCACAUGUAACCUUCACUUUCUUACUGUUAGAACCAGGGGUAUUUUCUUUAGAGGUGAGGUCAGCUGACAUCACUUAUUUAAUCAGUCUCCUACUCCCCACUGUAUUGACCCCUGGUCGCAACAAGAGGACUGGCUUGAUAUUGAUUUUUUUCCUCUUUUGGUUGUGACUCUAUAUUUGCGUUCUAAUUGGCCUUUGACCUUUUGGAGUCUUGUCCAAGAUCUUUUGUUGUGCAAACACCAGGGUUGUCUGUGACUCUGGGUUAGGGUUGAGAUGGGAUUUUAUAUAAAAGUGUUGCGGUUCCUUUUCUGACAUUUAUUCAAUAGUUGGUGAAACUUUUUAUUUGUGUCCCAUUAUGGCUGAAGUUGCCUUAUUGCAGUGGGAAACAUGGAGAGUUAACUCAAGCAUAUUGAUGAUGAUAUUGCCUUAAAACUGACCAAAACUGCCUUUCGAUCAUUGCCCUGUGCCUAAACUUGUUUUAAAUGAGACUUUUAAAGGUGCACUGAUAACAUUGUUUUUGCCCAAAUGCUACUUAUUAGUACUUAAUUCCUUUGUCAGUGCUUGUAGUUCACCUGAGGUAUAUUUUUGCAGUGUCUUUCUUUAUUGAAUGUGAAUGUUAAUUUCACAGAACUAUUCUUUAUACAUCAGAUAAAAUAAUUGCAUCUCUUUGGUGUCCUGCUGAUAAUGGGUGACAGCAGCUUCACAUAAGUUGUUUAAUCUGAUAUUGGUACACCUCAAUGUGCCUUAUGGAGAUUCCUGGGAAAUAAAUAUGAAAUGAAUGUGUAAUGAAAUUAAUAAUCUUCUAUUUUAUGUUAUAAAGCACAGUCAGUUCUUAAUGAACAGGACAAAGAUGGCCGAACACACAAAGAUUUACUUUGUAAAAUGACUUUCACUGAGGUGUGUGUGUAUGUGGGUGGUUGGUGUGAUGUACAGUUCUUGAGAAUGAGAUUUUUUUUUUUUUGCCUGUUUUCUUUCUGAUAAUCACUUGAAAUAGCUGACCUUUGUUCACUUAAUGUUUGCCAAAUGGGAAAAAGAAUAAAAGGCUGAACUUU